AUGUCCGUCGUGGACACGACGCAGGUGCGUCGGAGGUUCAACCCCGAGCACGGCGUGUCCUACUCCAGAGCGAAAGGGAGACCCGCGCUGGACUCCGAUUUCAUGGAGGUUCGGAAGCGCCGCCUGAAGAAGCGCGUGGACGCCAUCCUCCCGGGGGAUCGCGGCGAAGACGUCGACUUUUUCGAAGUCGUCGGCGAGGGCGUCCGCGCCCGCAUGCUCGGCAUCUCCAAAGCCCCGAUCACGCUCGACGACCUCGAGGAACAGAUCGCAAUCGAUAGCGUGGAGACGUGGGCGACGAUACAAAAGUUCCGCGCGGACGAGGCGGCGCGCGAGCACAACGAGGCGCUGAAGCUCGAGGCGGAGGUGCGUUCUCCUUCACGCUGGUCCCCGUACGACCGCGUCGGCGGGGUGAACGCCGAUCCUUAA